CGGCCAGUGCCUUUUCCGGCUUCAUCGGAGGAACGAGAGCCCGCCGGGGCAGAGUUAGAAGGAGUCGUCCUCUAUUUUGCAUCCGUCGACUCGCGUUUCGAGCACCUGCCCAGAAUUAUUGUAAAUGAUAAUCGAGCCAUAGUCUUUAGGCGCACACAUCACCAAGGCACGGACAGCGCGUACGUUCGAAAAGGGAAAUACUUAAUGCGCUGCUUAGAGAAGCCAGGGGUGACCCACAUGGCCGCCAACCGUGAGAUGCUAGACAUUGUGGACGGCGGGAUCAGGCAAGACCGCCGCAUCAUCGCGCGAACGAAGGUGCAGCAACGGCUUACGAGGCCCAACGAAGUGAUGAAUGAAAUUUUUCCACUACACCGCGCGGUUCCCGAGUUUGACAAGGAUAGGUGGGCGGAGGCGCGAGCAGGCGCGCCCAAGCC